AUGCCGUUUAAAUCGUUGCCAGCUGAAAUCCAGAUCGAGAUAUUCAGCUAUCUUCAAGGCUCCAGCCUCAAGGCUGUUCGCAAGGUCUGCUGUGCCUUUAGAGACCACGCUGAGCCUACCCUGUUUCGAUACGUCAUUGCAACAGCUCGAUAUCAAUCGCUUGGCGCAUUUCAAAAGAUUUCCCUGUUCCCCGUUUUCCAGAAGCACGUCAGAGAAAUCGUUUUCGACGGUUCUGUGUACGACAAGAUCCUCGCAAAGGAUGAGAGGCUUUACCACAGACACGCUGCCAAGUUUCCCGACCUCGAGCAGGGCUUCCAAUGGCACAAGCACAGUCGAUGGAAACGUUAUCAACAGCUCUUCAAAGAGCAGGAAGAGAUGAAGAGUGACGGUGUACUUGUGCAUACCAUUUCUAAAGCCUUGGAAUGGAUACCGAAUGUCUCCUGCAUCACGUACUCACCGCAACCUCGUCACCUUCCGGCUGAAGCCAAAGAAAUGCGCGACUUGAUCCCAGGAGGCAUUACAGCCCUGCCCACAGCUGGGUACACAUCCUCGGAUCAUCCUUUUCGUCAGCUCGUCGCUGCGCUGUAUAUGUCUCGAUUCGCUGGAAUCCGCGAGUUCAGGACGGAAGCCCUCAGCGUAACUUCUGGUACCGAGUUUGCUCUCGACAUUUUCAACCUCACGGACGGCAACGACAUGGCAGCAGGAAAGUUCCUGUUUCAGCAUCUUGAGAGUCUCGUAUUGAACAUGGCGCUCCGCGUGCCAAACGAGCGUCUGUUUGGUGAAACGCUUGACAAGUUCGCUGAAUUGCUGAACACCUCUACGAGCCUACAACAUCUGCACCUCCACCCUACCCAUUGGAAGUCUGAAAUUGGUGCUCGGCCUCUUUUCGCUCGUCUCGGGCUGCAGAACACAUGGCCCAAAUUACAAUCUCUGAGCCUCAAGGGAGUGCUAGCAAACGAGGAAGAGUUCUCAGGCAUGAUCAAGCGACACAAGGAGACCUUGGUCUCGGUCAUGUUCAGCAGAUGCAGCCUCCUCGCAGGGGUUUGGGCUGACGUCGUGGACGAAGUUGUCUACGGUUCAAAGAUCUUUCCUUUCGUUUUGGAUCGCGUGAACGAGAGAGGAUUGCCGAAUCUUGAUUAUGCGAGUCUCGGCGCGUCGGAGAUGGAACGUUGGAAAUACGAGGGCCGCAUCAAGGUGACAAGAGACGGUGAUCGCAACUUUAUUGAGAGGAACCCCGCUAAGAGAUCAGUGUACGAUUCACGAAAGUAA